CGGGGGGGUUAAGACAAACAAAGGGAAAAAAACCCCAGAAAACCUAAUGGAUCUGAACAAAUCGAAUCCGACGGAGGCGGCGGCGGAGGAAGGUGAAACGGCAAAGAUGGAUCCUUCAGACCUUGAGGAGGAGGAUGUGAGAGAUGUAUCGAUGUGGAAGGGACUUGAAAAGUUUUCUUCGUCCGAAGAUGAAUGGAACGAGGAUGAAACUAAUCAGGCGAUAUUUCCUUUGUUCGUCGAAGAUGAAGAAUCUAACGGGGAGGAAACCGAGAAGUCGAUAUUGUCUUUGUCCGAAGCUGCCAAAAAGAUGGAUCCCUCACCUCUUGCGUCUUUUCUCAAACAAGUAUUGGACGAGGAUUGGUAUCAACCUGCGAAGCAGAUAAUGAAAUUAAUUGAUUACUAUGGGAUUCAACUUUCCCUAGUACCCUCCUUCCAAUGGGUCAAGAUGUUUGAGGAGUAUCCUUUAUCCAAGCUGAUUCAUGUUCCGUUAUCUCUUAUUCCUAUGCCUGUUAUCUCUUAUUCCUAUGCCUGUCUACGAAAAAUCAAUCGAUUUCAUCAACACGCUUCCAUUCCAUAUACUACCGGCCGUUGUACUCUGGGCCUCUGAUCUCAUUCUCACUGAAUGGCCAGGAGUUGUCAAAAUUCAACAACUUAAUUCUGACAAAUCAAAGGUGGCAGCAUUUGUUGUAUUAGCCAUGGUGCUGCGUACUAAACCUGAUGCCUUGACUCAUGUUUUGCCAAAUCUGAGGGAGAUCCCUACAUAUCAAGGUCAGGACAAGCUUCCGGUUAUAAUUUGGAUGAUGGCUUAGGCCUCCCAAGGUGAUUUAUCUGCUAGCUUGUAUUCAUGGGUUCGUAACUUGCUGCCACUAGUCCCUAAUAACAAGUGCUACAGCUCUCAGUCAAUUCAUCUCAUCCUGCAAUCUGUUGAGAUGUGAGUCCACUUUUAAUAUUCCCUCCCUCCCUCCUGUGGAGAAUUGCACUGGAGCAACUCCUUACGGGUGUUGGGAACCUUCUGGUAGACCUUCUCCUCUCCUUCUUUCUGUGA